UAUAUAUAUCAUUGAUGAUAAAACAUCUUAUCCUCCUAUCUUUCUCUCUCUUCAAUUUUGGCCCAAAUCCACCGCCACCGCCGGCGGCUCCACCUUUACCCGGCCAGUUUAAGGUGGUCUCUCCUUUUCUCUUUCUCAUUCUCAUUCAGCGGCGACAGACAGCCAUGCCCAAGUGAAAAGAAGAAGUGGGAAAAGAAAGAGACAGAGAAGUGAAGUUAUCUGAGAGGGAUAAAGGAAAGAAGAAAGUGUUGAUAGUUGUCCCUCUCCUGAGAAAAAUAUCAUCAAAAAAUGAGCUUCUCCACUCCAGCCAGUGCUUGUAAUUCUUUAGGAUGGAAAUCUAUGACCUUGUUUUCACAGAUUCAUCUCAAUUCUACUAGUCUCAGAGGGUUUUUAGUUUCUUCUCAAACCAAGAAAUUCUCGGUAUCAUGCUCGUCAUCUUCUUCAGAUCCUCUCUUGGUUAAGGCUGCAAGAGGAGAGCCUGUAAGUCGGCCUCCAGCAUGGAUGAUGCGACAAGCGGGAAGGUAUAUGGCUAUUUAUAGAAAGCUUGCAGAGAAAUACCCGUCCUUCAGAGAGAGAUCAGAGACAACCGAUCUCAUUGUGGAAAUUUCUUUGCAGCCUUGGGAAGCUUUCCGUCCUGAUGGAGUGAUUAUUUUCUCGGACAUACUUACCCCUUUACCUGCAUUCGGUGUCCCAUUUGACAUAGAAGAUAUCAGGGGUCCUGUUAUCCAAUCACCAAUUACUUCUGAAGAGGGUUUGAAAUCAUUACAUCCCAUUGAUUUGGAAAAGCUUUCUUUUGUUCGGGAAUCCCUGCAAAUAUUACGAAAUGAGGUCGGUAAUCAUGCUGCGGUUUUGGGCUUCGUUGGAGCACCUUGGACAAUAGCGACGUAUAUAGUGGAAGGGGGUACAACUCGGACAUAUACAACCAUAAAGAAAAUGUGCCAUACAGCACCACAUGUAUUGAGGGCUCUCUUGUCUCAUUUGACACAAGCAAUAUCGGAAUACAUUGUCUUCCAAGUAGAGUCCGGGGCUCAUUGCAUACAAAUAUUUGAUUCGUGGGGCGGACAACUGACACCUGAGAUGUGGGAGAAAUGGUCAAAACCUUAUAUUGAAGAGAUUGUUAGAUUAACAAGAAGCAAAUGUCCCGAAAUACCACUUGUAUUAUACAUCAACGGAAAUGGGGGUCUUCUUGAACGGAUGAAAGGAACCGGUGUUGAUGUCAUCGGUUUGGACUGGACAGUUGACAUGGCAGAUGGAAGAAAACGACUGGGUAGUGGGAUUAGCGUACAAGGAAAUGUCGACCCCGCUUGCUUAUUCUCUCCUCUUCCUGCCCUUACUGAAGAAAUUCAAAGGGUUGUAAGAUGUGCAGGACCACAAGGGCACAUACUCAAUCUAGGACACGGUGUCCUUGUUGGAACACCCGAAGAAGCUGUUAAGCAUUUCUUCGAUGUAGCAAGGACCUUGAAAUACGAUACACCUCAAAAUCAAGCUAUGGAGGAACCCAACUUAGUAGCUUAAGCAAGAAAUUUAACUUUUCGGUUCAGAGUUAUCGCCUUAUUGCGGUGGCAUUCAUGAUAGCUUUCGGUUUAGCUCAUGCGCGGUUAUGAAUUCGACAACUAUUUUAAAGAUGGUUAAGAGUGAGGUAAGCUAAUUUAAUUAGUGCUAUACUAAUUCAUUUUCAGUUCUAUUUAAUUGAGCAAAAAUUCUGUUCUGCCUGUAAUUGUGUAGCUAAUGAUAUACUUAAGCUUAAUGAAUGAAUUUUUGCUUAUAUUGUC